AGCGCUUCACGUCCCUACACUCUCCGCUUUUACUUUGACACCGACCACUUCCUCUCAAGUAAUGGCGUCCGUGUGAAGCAGUCUUACAGCAAACACUGGGCAAUUUUCUCAGACAACUAACCAACCGAGACACUCACGUAGCGAUUCGAACAAGAUGCCGGUGGCGGUAGGACCGUACGGACAGACGCAGCCCAGCUGCUUUGACAGAGUCAAAAUGGGCUUCAUGAUGGGUUUUGCUGUGGGCAUGGCUGCAGGUGCCAUGUUUGGAACGUUCUCCUGUCUCAGGAUCGGCAUGAGGGGUCGAGAGCUGAUGGGUGGAGUCGGGAAGACCAUGAUGCAAAGCGGUGGCACGUUUGGAACCUUCAUGGCCAUCGGGAUGGGAAUCCGCUGCUGAGAUCAACACUAAUGCCCACUUCUGAAAUUAUAGGACUUUGAACCAUUUCUAGAUUCAUCCAUUUGUUAUCAUACACGAGGACACAGGUGUCAAUAAAAAAUAAUAAAAAAAAUAUGUAAA